AUGGAUAUUCAGACAUGGUAUUUGAAAACUUCAAAGCUGGCACUGGCUUUGGCGAUUAUCCACUCCAAACCAGCAGACAGAAGCAGCAGAGAAUAUACAGAGCACCUUGCCACCUUGGUGACCCAACAGGAGUCCAAAUGGAAAUCAAAAGUUGAAGCUUUAGAAGCUGAAGUUCUGCUAUUACGUCAAAAACUGUUCCUGAGUAGGAUUUCUUCAGGAUUGCUUAAGAAUGGACACGAUGUGUUCCCCCCAUUGCCAGAUCAGGAGCCUACAAGUUCUGAAAAUACAUUGGCUUUGAUGGAUGACUCUGGAUGUGUUUUAUCAAAUGAGCAAAGAAGUGAAUCUGCAGAGUUGUCCCAGCAUGUUGUGGAGAGCUGUAGUCCCUCGUCCCUUCUACCACUGCCUCUUGAGAAACAGCUGUGCACCACCCUGGAGAAUCCUCCAUCUUCUCACUUGCAGUUCUUGCAACAUCUGCUUGAACUGAAGAAACUGAGAGAAUCCAGUAGUCUGAAAGUGUACUUAACCCACUUUGAAAAAGACUCCUCCGCAGUUUCUGAUUCUGUUUCACAGUUGUUAGAUGGCCUGAUCACGUUUUACCGUAACCCUAAACUCCCUUUCUCAAGCUUUUGGAUGGAAGCUGUUGCUACAUUAGCUAGACUGGCGAGUGAUUUUAAUUUAUCUAAUCAUAUUCUUAAAAAAUGUUCUAAGAAGUUGGAAGAAUUUGAGAAAACUCUACUUCAGGCUAUUUUAGGGAACAGCAGUAUAAACCGGUUCCAGGUGCAGCAUUAUGUCUCUCAGAGUCUCGUGACCCUAGGAAGUUGCAGCUUGUUGAGGAAGUCUAUUAUAUUGCUACUACUAUCCGAAGUGAACAGCUUUGUGGACAACCUGGGAGCCAUCAAUCAGGUUCAAGGCAAUUAUGAUGUGACACGCUAUGAAAAUAUUUUCUCUCUGUUCUGGAUUCUGGAGCAACUUCUUCAACAAGAAACCCAGGGAGAGCCCACUUUACACAUUGAUCACAGCAGCCCAGAAAUCCAGACAUUUCUUCAGAAACAUGAUGAAACCAUCUUCCGACUUUCAGAUGCGUUUCCUUUAUUUACUUUUUACUUAUGGAGACUGGGCAUUCUCUUGAACUCAGAAGAGAUGGAGACUGUUUAGAAUGAGUCAUUUCCUUAGCAGUCUACCGUAUAUCAGAAAAUGGUGUGCUUAAAUUUUUUCAAAGAUGUUUUUAAAUGAGUAAUUUAAACUGAUUGACCAACCUAAUUAUUAACUAAAUUUAGUGAUAAGUCUUUUGCAGAGGAGAAGAUGAAUCGCUGUUCUAUAUUACAAUCAGGCAAUUUCAGUUGACAGUGCCCUUCAUAUUCAUGCAUUGUAUCUUACUUCACUCAAUAGUCUAGCUCUGUUCUCUAAAAUGGACCAACAAUUGUCUAUCUCAUAAUAUGUAGUAAAUUGUGAAAAUUCCCAUCUGAU